AUGCCCUUCCACCAGAGGACCGUGGGGCCCGCGCGGCUGCGCCGGCCCGAGGCGGCCGGGGCGGCGGACGCGCCGCUCUUCCGCUCGCUGGAGCAGGUCAGCUCGCACGCCCUGGUCUGCCUGCUAGCGCAGCUCGCCGACCUGUCGCGCUGCGCCGGGGACAUCUUCGGCGAGCUCGAGAGCCAGGCGGCUGCCCUGGGCCGCCGCACCGCCGCGCUGCACCGCCGCCUCGACGCCCUGCACGCCGCCACCGCGCGCCUGGACCACCGCCGAGUGAAAAUCCCUGUUUCCAACCUAGAUGAGGAGAGUCGAUGGACAGUCCACUACACUGCUCCAUGGCACCAGCAGGAGAAUGUGUUCCUCCCCACCACAAGACCGCCCUGCGUAGAGGACCUACACCGCCAAGCCAAGCUCAACCUCAAAUCAGUACUGAGGGAAUGUGAUAAGUUACGGCGGGAUGGCUACCGGAGUUCUCAGUACUAUUCCCAAGGACCCACCUUUGCAGCCAACUCCAGUCCCCUCUGUGAUGAUUACCAAGAUGAGGAUGAAGAAACAGAUCCAAAGUGUUCUAUCUCUUCAUCAGAAGAGGAAAGACUUACUUCCACCAGGAGACCUAAGACGCCAACGUCAAGUGACUGCUCUGACUUUCAUACUCAAACCAACUGGACCAAGUCACUUCCCUUGCCAACACCGGAAGAGAAGAUGCGGCAGCAAGCCCAAACAGUCCAGGCUGACAUGGUUCCAAUUAACAUAACUGGGGAGAAUUUCGAUCGCCAGGCCAGCCUUCGGCGGUCUCUAAUUUACACAGACACUCUGGUAAGACGACCGAAGAAAGUCAAAAGGAGAAAGACUAUUACAGGAGUCCCUGACAGCAUACAGAAGGAGCUAGCUUCGGGAGGCACUGGCCAAGAUGAUGUUGGUGGUCACUCGGCAUACACCCCAGACCACUACUCUACACUCGGAAGGCUCGACAGCUGUCGAUCUACGGGACAGCGCUCAGAAACCAGGGAUUCCAGCUGUCAGACUGAGGAAGUGAAAGUCGUACCACCUUCAAUGAGAAGAAUCAGAGCCCAGAAGGGGCAAGGCAUUGCUGCUCAGAUGAGUCACUUCUCAGGCUCCUCUGGGAACAUGUCAGUGCUGAGCGACUCUGCCGGGGUCGUGUUCCCUUCCCGCCUCAACAGCGACGCCGGUUUCCACAGUCUUCCCCGGUCUGGAGCAAGGGCAAAUGUUCAGUCCCUGGAGCCACGGCUGGGCGCCCUGGGCCCUGUGGAAGACCUGGGCAGUGCUUUCCCCUACCAACGGGGUCACCCACAAGUAGAUGAAGACUUCGGGCAUCUAGGAACUGCCCCGAGGAUGGGAACACUGUUGAGGCCCAAAUCUCAGGAGCUGAGGCACUUUGAGGGUGAAAACGUAACCAGCCCUGCGUGUGUGGUGUCUCCUCACACGAGCUACUCUACCAGCAUCAUCCCAAAUGCCACGCUCUCCUCCUCUUCAGAGAUCAUUGUGAUUCACACUGCUCAGAGCUCAGGGCAGCUGGACAGUAAAAUUACCAGCUCAUCUUCAUACUCAAAGGUCAGAUCCAGAGACCACCUCCUCUCCAGGCAGAAAGAUGGUCAUCAUUCGUCCAGUGCAACCACACUGCUGUCCCUCUGUGACUCCGAAGUCUCUCUAGAUACACCAGCAAAUCGAGAGAAUGGGUCCCAGGCCAUGGCCUAUAACUGUAGAAAUAACCUGAGCAUCCCAGCCCACCCCCAGGAUGUGGACAACAAGAGUGAGUCCAGUUAUUCAGGAAGCCGGGGCCAGGGUGGUAGCGUGGAGCCCUGGGAAUACAGUGCCUCAGGUAGUGGGCGGGCAUCCCCACUGAAGCCACACUUGGCAGCUCCCGGUUACUCCACUCCUGUAAGCAACACGAGCAGCUGCAGUUUGGACCAGACCUCUAACAAGGAUGAUACCAGGUCUGUGUAUUCAGAGGACCACGAUGGCUACUCCCCUACUCUGCACCCGGACUCUGGACACAGACCUGGGGAUCUGUGCAAUAGUAAUGAUGGCUUUGGGAACCCCAGGCACAGCGUGGUCAAUGUUUUUGAUGGAAGAGCUCAGAGACACCAAGGGGACCGGUCCAAUUGCCAAGACAAAUCCCUUGCGCGAAGCAUUUCUUUGAAGAAAGCCAAGAAGCCUCCCCUGCCACCCUCUCGGACGGACUCUCUGCGCAGAGUUCCCAAGAAGAACGUCCAGUCGAACGGGCAGGUGCUGAACGAGAGCCUGAUUGCCUCGCUCCAGCACUCGCUGCAGCUGAACCUCCCGGGCAAGGGCGGCAGCUCACCUUCCCAGAGCCCCUGCAGUGACUUCGAAGAACCGUGGCUGCCUCGCUCCCGCAGCCAGAGCACUGUGAGCGCCGGCAGCAGCCUGACCUCCGCCACGGCCCCCAACGUUUACUCCGUGUGCGGGCUCACGCCGGCACAGAGCGACACGAGCAGCGUCAAGUCCGAGUACACAGACCCGUGGGGCUACUACAUUGACUACACGGGAGUGCAGGAAGAGCAGGGGAACGCAGGCAGGGCCGGUCCGGCCGGCAGCGCAGCAUCACCUGGAAGUGGGCCGGGCCGCCACCUCCUGGAAGGGUCCCGGGCCGCGGUACCCCCGGUGCUCGGUGGCACCGUCAAACCAAAGAUCACGUCGCCGGAGAAGUCGCACAGAGUCACUUCUCCAUCCAGUGGGUACUCCAGCCAGUCGAACACGCCCACCGCUCUCACCCCUGUGCCUGUCUUCUUAAAAUCAGUGUCACCAGCCAGUGGGAAGGGGAAGCCCAAACCCAAGGUGCCAGAAAGGAAGUCGUCCCUUGUAUCUUCAGUAUCCGUCUCCUCCUCCUCCACGUCUCUUUCCUCGAAUACUUCCACCGAAGGAAGCGGGACGGUGAAGAAGCUGGACUCAACGCUGGUGUCCCCGCUCGCGGCUGCUCCUCACGCCUCUCCUCCAGCCCCUUGUCCUGCUGACAAGUCUCCUUUCCUCCCUCCCCCGCCGCCUCUGGCCGAUUUCUCCGAGGGCUCCCCUCUGCCUCGAUCUCCCCUCUUCCCGCCUCCGCCACCAGAAGUGCUCACUCCCUUCUGCGCCCCCGCCGACGCCUGCUUUCCUCCGCCCCCCACAGCGCUGAGCCCCCCUUUUCUGGAUUCAUCUGACUCCCUGCCACCUCCGCCACCUGCCUCACCCGCCUCAGUGCCCCCGCCUGCCCCACCGCUUGACCCCAAAUUGAUGAAAGAUGCCAGGCCUUCUUUCAAGAAACCUGGCCAGCCAGAGUCCUCCCGGGAGGCCUGCAGACAGCCUUCCAUCAAGGAGGAGGGCAGCAGACUCCCCAUGCCCCUGAUCACCACCGAAGCGCUGCAGAUGGUGCAGUUGAGGCCGGUGAAGAAGAACUCAGGAACCGAAGUAGCCCCCUUACAGGAACACGCAUCUCAGGAAAAACGAACUCCGGUUGUUCCCCAGUAUCAUUUAAAGCCAUCUGCUUUCCUGAAAUCCCGAAAUAGCAUACAUGAAAUGGAGAGUGAAAGCCAGCCUUCCUCCGCGACGAGCUCGCUUCCGACUCCUGCCAAGAGCUCGACUCAGGGUCACCAAGACAGUGCAGCCGAGCAUGGCCUCCGGAGUCACAGCCCGGCCGGGGAGGCGGAGGCCGGAGCGGGUGCCACCCCGCCCCUCGGCCCGUUGCCCAGCAGGAAGCCGCCCCCCAUUUCCAAGAAGCCCAAACUGUUCCUCGUGGUGCCACCUCCGCAGAGGGAUUUCACGGCGGAGCCCUCAGAGGACGUGAGCGUGGCAUCUCCUAGCCCCACGAGCGCAGAGGCACGAGAGAGGGGUGCAGCAGGGGCUGGUUCCGAUGAUACCGAUUCUGGCAGCUCCGUGGUUCUUGUGGGAGGAGCUGCAGGAUCCGAGUCCCUGGGCAGAGUGGAAGCCAAUGUCCCCAUGGUGCCAGCCCCUGCGGAGGAACCAGGUGCCGGGAACGGUGUGGAGCGCUGCCUGCCUCCGCAGGACCCAGGGCCUGGGGUGCCGGAGGCUGAGACAGCCAGUUCUUCCUCAGAGACCUGUGACUUCCUUAAGGACGACAGGGGUGAUGAGGUGAUGACCCCCAGGAGACCCCGGACCACAGAAGACCUUUUUGCAGCUAUUCACAGGUCUAAGAGGAAAGUCCUUGGUCGUAAAGAUUCAGACGAUGAUCAUUCCCGAAACCAUUCUCCCUCCCCACCAGUGACACCCACUGGUGCCGCCCCCAGCCUGGCCUCCCAGAAGCAAGUGGGGUCCAUUCAGAGAAGCGUCCGGAAGAGCAGCACCAGCAGUGACAACUUCAAAGCUCUGCUGCUGAAAAAGGGGAGUCGCUCAGAUACCAGCGCCCGCAUGUCAGCAGCAGAGAUGCUCAAGAACACAGACCCUAGAUUCCAGAGGUCAAGGUCGGAGCCAUCGCCAGACACGCCUGAGAGCCCAUCAAACUGCUCCCCGAGCAAGAACAGGAGGGCUCAGGAGGAGUGGGCCAAGACCGAAGGCUUGAUGCCUCGGAGUCUGUCCUUCUCCGGCCCCAGGUACGGCCGCAGUCGAACGCCGCCUUCUGCCGCCAGCAGCAGGUACAGCGUGCGGAACAGGAUCCAGAGCAGCCCCAUGACCGUCAUCUCGGAGGGCGAAGGGGAAGCCACGGAGCUCGCAGACAGCACGGCUCUUCGGGCCCCGGGUGCUGUGAGGGGAUGUUCGAUGGAUGGACUGGCGGCGGGUGGUGUGGAUGAGGGCAGUCUGCUCUGUGCCGGGGCACCCGCUGCCCCGCUGGGGGCCCAGGCUCCUGGUCCGGCAGUGGGGCUGCCCAGCGCAGAGGGCAGGGGCCCUUCAGAACAGCAAGGCGGUCUCGCCGGGGAUAAGAGUUAG